UCACCAAACGGAAAAAAGAGGAACUUCAUCUCACUGAACAUCAAUAUUAAAAUGUGCGCAAUGACAACUUCCUUUUCCGUGCUUACAGAUCCUCAGAGGGAUAGUACAACGAUCAUACCGAUCAGAACCCUUGGCUCAGCAAAGAGAUAGGCAUCCAAUAUAUGCUUCUAUUUUCUUGGAAUACAGGACGGAUAUUUCCAGAUAUGUUAUCUGAGGGAUACCUUUACAAAAUUCAGUCAUGGUAUGAAGAUGGCAUAGCAAAACUGCAUUCAGAGGAGGUGACGGUGACUAGAGAAAGAAAAGAACUGGCCGGGGUGUGUACUCUAAAUUGUACAGUUGCAUAUGAGACCGGAAGCAGAAGAGUUUUUAGGAGAUAUGGGUCUGUUGGAAAAAAAGCUCCAGAAAUACAAGGGAAAAAUACUGCCCAAAGCUCCAUGGAGACACAGUUGUUGCAAGAAAUGGAAAAUCCUGUGUAUGAAACUGAUCAAUCAUUCCCUGGCAGUGUAAGUGCAAACUCACCGUCUAAUAAAGAUACAUAUCUGGUGCCAUCAUCCUGUAAAAAUAUCUGUAGAGACUAUAGUGACUUGCAUGUAGCCGGGGAUCAGGUCAUGGCUAUAAACUCAGUAAUGACUGACUUCACUUGUGAACCCAGCUUUGAAUUUGGUGAAGGGCCAUUUCUUCAAUCUUCUCAGAUUCCCUCAGCUAUGGAUUCUGUAUGUGUGGCAACAAAUGAUUUGCCGCGUAAGCUUUCUAAACACGAGUCCUCCAACUGGAAAGUGAGCAGCACUAAAGACAAGAGCAUCAUGAACCAAGAGCAACCCUUGUCCAAUUCCAUACUCAAUGAAUACUUGGAGCGGAAAGUCAUUGAACUCUACAAGCAGUACAUGAUGGACAUGAGCUGCAGUACAUCUGCUCAUAUUAUGGAAUCAGAGCUCAUCAUGAAUAAUGUGCAGCAGAUCAGUAUGCAGCUGUCACGAGAACAAAAUAUGGAAACCAACAAAGCUAAAGACAUGGUCAUCAGUUUUCUGCUCAGGCUUGCAAGUGAAAAACAAUCUAAUUUUAUCAGUACUCCUGAUCUGCAGAUAUCAUCCAAUUUAGCCUAAUCACAGGCAUUUACAGGGGUUGGCAGUUACAUGCAGACAUCAGAUUUGUGUAAAGAUACACAUGCUCACAUUGCUCUAGUGUGUAUUGUGCAUGGGACAUGCCAUUUGAGGCGAUCAUGUGUUACAGUAGUUUUCAUCAUCUUUUUGUUCCUGCAAAAUAUAUUAUAUCGUAUCCCCGACCCCAACACAUAUAUGUCACAAACAUGUAAACUGUACUGUGUGUCUGACUUCUGUAUAGAGCAGGGGUAUUAAAUAAAAAUUCACGGAGGUCCGAUCUGUACAAUUUUCUUCCAGCAAAGGUUCGAAUCACACGUUUGUCCAAUGACUCAGGUCCUUCCUAUCACAGCCCCCAUCCUUUUAUAUCACAAUCCUGUUAUUACAUCAGUGUCCUCUGUUGUGUUCUGUACCCCCAUUCACAUCACCACCAUAGAGCACUGCCCCCCCACAGCAGUGUUCUGUGCCCCUCUCAAAUCACCCC